GAGGAAGCGCGAAUCCGCGACCCGCCCCGUUGCGUCCCACCCACGGCGUCCCCUCCCCUCCGGCUGCGGGAAAAGCGGCCGCAGGCGGCGGCGCCCACUGUGGGGCGGGCGGAGCGCGGCGGGAGGCGGACGAGAUGCGAGCGCGGCCGCGAUCCCGGCCACUCUGGGCGACUGUGCUGGCGCUGGGGGCGCUGGCGGCCGUCGGUGUCGGAGGACCCAACAUCUGUACCAUGCGAGGUGUGAGUUCCUGCCAGCAGUGUCUGGCUGUGAGUCCCAUGUGUGCCUGGUGCUCUGAUGAGGCCCUGCCUCUGGGCUCACCUCGCUGUGACCUGAAGGAGAAUCUGCUGAAGGAUAACUGUGCCCCAGAGUCCAUCGAGUUCCCAGUCAGUGAGGCCCAAGUACUAGAGGAUAGGCCCCUCAGCGACAAGGGCUCUGGAGACAGCUCCCAGGUCACUCAAGUCAGUCCCCAGAGGAUUGCACUCCGGCUCCGGCCAGAUGAUUCAAAGAACUUCUCCAUACAAGUGCGGCAAGUGGAGGAUUACCCUGUGGACAUCUACUACUUGAUGGACCUGUCUUACUCCAUGAAGGAUGAUCUGUCGAGCAUCCGGAACCUGGGUACCAAGCUGGCCACCCAGAUGCGAAAGCUCACUAGUAACCUUCGGAUUGGCUUUGGGGCGUUUGUGGACAAGCCCGUGUCACCAUACAUGUAUAUCUCCCCACCAGAGGCCCUCAAAAACCCCUGCUAUGAUAUGAAGACCACCUGUUUGCCCAUGUUUGGCUACAAACACGUGCUAACGCUAACUGACCAGGUGACCCGCUUCAAUGAGGAAGUGAGGAAGCAGAGUGUGUCACGGAACCGAGAUGCCCCAGAGGGUGGCUUUGAUGCCAUCAUGCAGGCUACAGUCUGUGAUGAAAAGAUUGGCUGGAGGAAUGAUGCAUCCCACUUGCUGGUGUUUACCACUGACGCCAAGACUCACAUAGCACUGGAUGGAAGGCUGGCAGGCAUUGUCCAGCCCAAUGAUGGGCAGUGUCAUGUUGGUAGUGACAAUCAUUAUUCUGCCUCCACUACCAUGGAUUAUCCCUCUUUGGGGCUGAUGACUGAGAAGCUAUCCCAGAAAAACAUCAAUUUGAUCUUUGCAGUGACUGAAAAUGUAGUCAAUCUCUAUCAGAACUAUAGUGAGCUCAUCCCAGGGACCACAGUUGGGGUUCUGUCCAUGGAUUCCAGCAAUGUCCUCCAGCUCAUUGUUGAUGCUUAUGGGAAAAUUCGCUCUAAAGUAGAGCUGGAAGUACGUGACCUUCCUGAUGAGUUGUCUCUAUCCUUCAACGCCACCUGCCUCAACAAUGAGGUCAUCCCUGGCCUCAAGUCUUGUAUGGGACUCAAGAUUGGAGACACGGUGAGCUUCAGCAUUGAGGCCAAAGUGCGAGGCUGCCCCCAGGAGAAGGAGAAGUCCUUUACCAUCAAGCCUGUGGGCUUCAAGGACAGCCUGGUCGUCCAGGUCACUUUUGAUUGCGACUGUGCCUGCCAGGCCCAAGCUGAACCUAAUAGCCGUCGCUGCAACAAUGGCAAUGGGACUUUUGAGUGUGGGGUGUGUCGUUGCGGGCCUGGCUGGCUGGGGUCCCAGUGUGAGUGCUCAGAGGAAGACUAUCGCCCUUCCCAGCAAGAUGAGUGCAGCCUCCGGGAGGGCCAGCCUAUCUGUAGCCAGCGGGGCGAGUGCCUCUGUGGUCAAUGUGUCUGUCACAGCAGUGACUUUGGCAAGAUCACGGGCAAGUACUGCGAGUGUGAUGACUUCUCCUGUGUCCGCUACAAGGGGGAGAUGUGCUCAGGCCAUGGCCAGUGCAGCUGUGGGGACUGCCUGUGUGACUCUGACUGGACCGGCUACUACUGCAACUGUACCACACGCACCGACACCUGCAUGUCCAGCAAUGGGCUGCUGUGCAGCGGCCGUGGCAAGUGUGAAUGUGGCAGCUGUGUCUGUAUCCAGCCGGGCUCCUAUGGGGACACCUGUGAGAAGUGCCCCACCUGCCCAGAUGCCUGCACCUUUAAAAAAGAAUGUGUGGAGUGUAAGAAGUUUGACCGGGGAGCAUUACAUGAGGAAAAUACCUGCAACCGUUACUGCCGUGAUGAAAUUGAGUCAGUGAAAGAGCUUAAGGACACUGGCAAAGAUGCAGUGAAUUGUACCUAUAAGAAUGAGGAUGACUGUGUUGUCAGAUUCCAGUACUAUGAAGACUCCAGUGGAAAGUCCAUUCUGUAUGUGGUAGAAGAGCCAGAGUGUCCCAAGGGCCCUGACAUCCUAGUUGUCCUGCUCUCAGUGAUGGGGGCCAUUCUGCUCAUCGGCCUUGCUGCUCUGCUCAUCUGGAAGCUCCUCAUCACUAUCCACGACCGAAAAGAGUUUGCUAAAUUUGAGGAAGAACGUGCCAGGGCAAAAUGGGACACAGCCAAUAACCCACUGUAUAAAGAGGCCACAUCUACCUUCACCAAUAUCACCUACCGGGGCACUUAAUGUUAAGCAGUCAUCCUCAGAUCAUUAUCAGCCUGUGCCAGGAUUGCAGGAGUCUCUGCCAUCAUGUUUACAGAGGACAGUAUUUGUGGGGAGGGAUUUGGGGCUCAGAGUGUGGUGGGCUGGGAGAAUGUCGGUAUGUGGAAGUGUGGGUUGUGUGUGUGUGUUGCAUGUGGAUAUGUGUAAUUUAAAAUUGUGAUGUGUUAUGAUAAGCUGAGCUCCUUAGCCUUUGUCCCCAGGAUGCCUCCUGCAGGAAUUCUUCCUGUUUAGCUUGAGGGUGACUGUGGAGCUGAGCAGGUGUUCAUCAUUACCUCAGUGAGGAGCCAGCUUUCCUCAUCAGGCCAUUGUCCCUGAAGAGAAGGGCAGGACUGAGGCCUCUCAUUCCAGAGGAAGGGACACCAAGCCUUGGCUCUACCCUGAGUUCAUAAGUUUAUGGUUCUCGGGCCUGACUCUCAGCAGCUAUGGUAGGAACUGCUGGGCUUGGCAGCCCGGGUCAUCUGUACCUCUGCCUCCUUUCCCCUCCCUCAGGCUGAAGGAGGAGUUGGGGAGAGCUGAACUAUCAGAGCUGCCUGUGCCUUUCGCCAUCCCUUUAAUCCAGCUAUGGUUCAAGUCCUUUCAGCCUAAUUCUUUGACCUGUUGGGAGUGAGGAUGGCAGGGCCACUCAGGGGUCAUUCAUGGCCUGGGGGAUGUAUCAGCAUCUCCCAGUACAUAAUCACAACCCUCCAGAUUUGCCCUAUUGGCAGCUCUACCCUGGAGGUUUGUUUACAAGAAGUGUGUCACCCUUAUGCCAGCACCAUCUCUUUACCUCCUAAUUCCACACGUCACUGCUGUAGACAUUUGCUGUAAGCUGAUGAUGUCUCUCAUGAUCAAAUGCUUUUCCUUUAAGGGAGAAAGUGCUGUUGUAGAGCCAGGGGUCCGGCCUUACUCUUCUGGCCUUUUUUCCCUUGUCCAUGGCACCUCUACAAAACCAGCCCUGUGCCUCUGUGUGCUGUAUCCAUCCAUGGGGCUGAUUGCAUUUUCCUACUACCUCUUGGCUGCCUUGUGAAGAAAUUAUUCCCAUGAAUUGGCUGGGAAUAAGUGCCAGGAUGGAAUGAUGGGCCAGUUGUAUCAGCAUAUGUGGCCUGCUCUUCUAUGAGCUGGACAACCUCAUUUUAACUCAGUCUUUAAUCUGAGAGGCCACAGUGCAACUUUAUUUUAUUUUUCUCAUGAAGAGGUUUUCUUAACCUAAAGGAACAUGUAUAUAAACAUGCUUGCAUUAUAUUUGUAAGGGUAUGUGAUGGCAAAGAAGGAGAGCAUAGGAAACCACACAGACUUGGGCAGGGUACAGACACUCCCACUUGGUAUCAUUCACCGAAAGUCCCUGCCCAGGGGCUGGAUCUGUGAGGGGCUCUCUCACCCUGGAAGGCUAUGGGGAUAGAUGUAUGGACAUACUGGACCUUUCCUGAGAAAGAGGGACUGUUCUUUCAUUCCAGAAGAGCAGUGGCUCCAUUGGUGUUGACAUACAUCCAACAUAAAAAGCCACUCCCAAACACCCAAGAAAAAAAGAAAGACUUAAUAAGUUGUUCCAUGAGCAGAAAACUGGAGUUCUGGCCUCAGUGUUGCAGCUAAAUAAUCUUUGACUCUAAUUAAGGCAAGUCACUUUCUUCACCUUAAGGCUCAGUUUUCUAGUCUGAGAAAUGAUGGGUUUUGAGCAACCAGUCUUGAAGGCCUCUUUCAGUGUCAACAUUCUAAGAUGCUGGGACUUACUGUGGCAUCAAAUGUGCGGUCAAGAUUCUGUGGGAUAUUGAUACUGUUUGUGCUUUUAGUUGGGAGAGCUGAGAGACCGGGCUUUGGCAAGAGAAGAUGCCAUUCCAUAUCACCUUUCUCCGAGAGUCUCAUUCUACCUUCUCUCCAAACCCCUUUUCCAACAUUUGUUAAUAGGUACAUCUUUCCCGACGUAGCACUUAAGCUUCAUUUGGUUACUACUUCUUCCUUCACUUUGUACAUAUUUGCAUCCACAUAUUAGGGAAAAGGAAUUCAUAAGUAGCUCAAGUAUCUAUUCUGUAUUCUUGUGUUAACAUUGAGAAUAUGCCUUGGAAUUAGAUACUGGGCCAUGACUGAGCCCUGUCUCACCCAGGGAUUACUCCUUACUGUAGGGAACGGGAAUGUGGGAGAGGGAUAAAUAGGGGACACGGAGGGAUAGUCAUGGAACCAAGAAGUCUGGAACCUAAUUAUAAUCUUCAGCUACCAAGACAGAUCCAUGAGCGUGUUAAUGGGACAUUUUCUUUAGAUAAGAUGCUUUAUAUGAAGAAACUAUAUUGAAGGGGGAAGAAAAUGUAUUUAAAGGGUAAAUCAAAUCAGUAAUCUUCUCUGAGCUACUGGAAUGAAGUCACAGGUCUUGAAGACCAGUACUAUUUGUCAAUAUGUGGGGAUAACCUGUAGCUGCUUUCAUAAGGUAGCAAAUAGCAGCUUUGGCUUGUGGGGUGAACAGCUAAACAGUGUUCUGACAGAUGUCACAGUACAAAGGGAUUGUGUCUAGCUCUUUUGGAGAAAAUUUAUAUCUAGUCUUAGGAUCUGUGGACAAUGGUGGGGAACUUUGAAUAUUCAUGACAAGUUGCCAUAUUAGGAGUCAGUUCUUCUCAGAUAUUCCUAGGUCAUCCAUGAUUUUUUUUUUUUUUUGAGAUGAAGCCUCACUCUUGUCACCCAGGCUGGAGCUCAAUGAUGGAGUCUUGGCUUACUGCAACCUCUGCCUCCUGGGUUCAAGUGAUUCCCCUGCCUUAGCCUCCCAAGUAACUGGGACAGGCGCCCACCACUAUGCCCGGCUAAUUUUUGUAUUUUAGUAGAGACAGGGUUUCACUAUGUUGGCCAGGCUGGUCUUGAACUCCUGACCUCAGAUGAUUCACCUGCCUCGGCCUCUCAAAGUGCUGGGAUUAUAGGCAUGAGCCAUCUAGACUGGCCAGUCAUCCAUGAUUUUAACGUGGGAAUUCAAAGCCUCUUUUUCUUUGUAAAAUAUUCCAGGUUGAAAUUUCUUAAGUGCCUUCCUGACUUCCUAACCACCUUCUCUGUUUGGGUUUGUGCAACAGUGAAUUAAAUGUACUUUCUAAAAAGAAUUGGCCUACGGCUGCCCAAUGCUUCCUGUGUUGUUAUUUUCAUUUUCUUUGGGUGAAAGAAUAAGUGUCAUUGGCUCAGAAAUGAUUAUUUUAGAAUAAGCAUGUUCCCAAAUGUAACAGAAUGAUGACUACUAUGGGUACUGAAGCUAGCUUCAGAAUCCAGACUGUCUCUUUAGUUUUUUUUUUUUGUGACGGAGUCUUGCUCUGUUACCCAGGCUGGAGUGCAGUGGCAUGAUCUUGGCUCACUGCAACCUCUGCCUCCUGGUCUCAUGUGAUUCUCCUGCCUCAGCCCUCAGCCUCCUGAGUUGCUGGGAUUACAGGUGCCACCACCAUGCCCGACAAAUUUUUGUAUUUUUAUUUAUUUAUUUAUUUUUAAGAUGGAGUCUUGCUCUGUCACCCAGGCUGUGGUGGUGUGAUCUCUGCUCACUGCAACAUCCACCUCCCAGACUCAAGCAAUUCUCCUGCCUUAGACUCCCGAGUAGCUGGAAUUACAGGCAUGCAUCACCAUACCUGGCUAAUUUUUGUAUUUUUAGUAGAGACGGGGUUUCACCAUGUUGGCUAGGCUGGUCACGAACUGACCUCAAGUAAUCCCAUGACCUUGGCCUCUUAAAGUGUUGGGAUUACAGGUGUGAGCCACUGGGCCUGGCCCUCUUUAGAUUUAAUAUUUUUAAAAUGAGUAGGUUAUUAUUAUUCUAAGAGUUUGAGUUUUUAAAAAAUUGGAUAUUAUUUAGGAACUUGUGCAAUCUCAAAAGAACAGAUUGCCAGUGUAGCCUAGGUUUUGUUUGUAGGAGGCAUAAAUGGAUAAAAUAAGAGCUUAAUGGCAAAUUAUUGACAGGACCAUUUAAAAGGACAAAUUUUAUUUAAGGCAGUGGGUGUCAAAGUGUGGUUCCAAUACCUGCAGCAUCAAUAUCAGCUGGAAACUUGUUAGAAAUGAAAAUUGACAGGCCCCACCCCACAACUACUGAAUCAGAAAAUCUGGGAGUGAGGACACACUGUCUGUUUUUUUUUUUUUUUUUUUUUUUUUUUUUUGAGACGAAGUUUUGCUCUUGUUGCCCAGGCUGGAAUGCAUGGAGUGCAAUGGUACGAUCUCAGCUCACCACAACCUCCGCCUCCUGGGUUCAGGCAAUUCUCCUGCCUCAGCCUCCUGAGUAGCUGGGAUUACAGGCACGCGCCACUAUGCCCAGCCAUUUUUUUGUAUUUUUAGUAGAGACGGGGUUUCACCAUGUUGACCAGGAUGGUCUCAAUCUCUUGACCUCGUGAUCCACCCGCCUCGGCCUCCCAAAGUGCUGGGAUUACAGGCUUGAGCCACCGCGCCUGGCCCACUAUCUGUUUUAAGACUUCCUGGUGAUUCUAAUUCAUGCUCAAGUUUAAGAACAACUGAUUUAAGGAGUCACAUAUGUAGCCUUCUUGCCUAGCAAGAACUUUAUAGUAAGGCAGCUCAGUUACUAUAUACAGUUAAUAACAAAUUCAGAAGAUGAAUAACAUAUUCAGAAAAUGAAAUAUCCACUCAUACAAAACGAAAGUCUACUUUGACCCAUUUCUAGGUUAAGUGAUCUGGGGCAUCUUGGUUUCACACAUGACCACAGAUUCCCAUGAAAAACUAAAAGAAUAGGUGAAAAUCCUGGGAAAAAACUAACAAGAUACUUUUUAUGUGUACCAAGAUAUAAGCAAGAAAAUAUUCUUAUGGAAUUUAUUCACAGAAGAUGGGACAAAGUCCUAAUUAUUAACAUGUUCAUCCUGUAGGAUGCUAGGAUAAUAUUAGAAUUUGUUAAAUGUAUUGAGCACCAACAGUGUGAGACUGAAGUACUUUACAGAACACUGAUAACAUAACCUUUGUCUUUGAGUCCUUUUUUUUUCAGACAGGGUCUCAUUUUGUUGCUGGAGUGCAGUGGCACCAUCAUGGCCACUGCAUCCUUAACCUCCCAAGCUCAAGCAAUUCUCCUGCCUUAGCCUCCCAAAGUGUAGGGACUACAGGCACAUGCCACCACACUUGGCUAAUUAAAAACAUUUUUCUUUUUAGAGAUGAGGUCUCACUAUAUUGCCCAGGCUGGUCUUGAACUUCUGGGCUCAAGCAAUCCUUCCACCUCAACCUCACAAAGUGCUGGAAUUACAAGCGUGAGCUACCGUGCCUGGCCUGAGUCUUAAAUUCUUUACAUGUACAUUUUUUUCAGCACAAUACAAUGCAUGACAUCAUUAAGAGCUUACAUGAACAUAGACUGAGACCUUUUAUGGUGAAAUAUUUUGAGAGUCACUGUGUUUUAUUUAUGUCUUGGUAACUGCUGACUAAAUGUCUGGAUGAAAAUAGAGGAUCUUAGGUAAAAUGAGAUGAAAAACUAUAUGUUGUCACAUUUGUAAUUCUUUAACUCUUGCCUUCUGUAGUCCAGACGCUACAGUAACAGAGCCAUCUAAUGAUCACUGGGACCAAUUACAAGCAGACUGCCUGGGAAUUACAGUGUACUUAAUUUUCACAAUGAUAUAAUGGAACCAUAACGUAUGCUCUGCAAAUAAGCCAUGUAAAAAUCAUUUCUAUUUGGUUUUAUAAUACAACAUGGAAGCAUAUAUUCCUAAUUUGUUUUAGUUUGAUUAAAACAUGCAAGGAGGCAGUCUUAGAAGCUUGUGAUUAGGAUUAAGUAUAUCAUUAUAUAAAAAUUUAAAAACCCAUUUAAUGUGGCUACCUAAGAAUGGUUUGUAUGUGAAAAAAAAUGCAGAGGUCAGGAACAUGAAAGCCUUCCUUGAGGAUGCUAAUGUUAUAAAGAAGCCCCUCCAACUCCUUGCAUAAAGGAAACACUUUUCAUCAGCUGUGUAUUUUCUGACACACCAAAGAUUGUGCACAGAAAGCUCUGUUUAGAAAAUUUAGGAGCCUUUAAACAAAAUGUCCAUUGUAAAUUAUUCUUUAGCAGUGUGUCCCUGAUAAGAGCUUGUAAGGAAAAAUUUCACAAUUGAUUUCAUUUUAGUAUGUUAAUUGGAUUUUCCAGUGACUCAUACAGAAUUGGCAUGAUUCUUUGGGGAGAUCACAGUGAUGAUGUGUAAAUAUCACUUUGGUGGCCAGUGGAAAUACUUAGUUAAGAAAUCGGAAAAAAAAUGUUGAUGGGUGUGUGCUGGACUUCGCUUUUCCUGACCCUUACACUCACCAUUGUAGCAGAGGUUGCUGAUCAUGCCCAGUAUGUUUUCUGCUUCUCACAUAGUUUUAGAAAUUCUGAUUUUUAGUUGGGCACAUGGUUGCCCAGAAUAAAUAUUAUUCUCUUAUUACUAAUAA